UCCACAAACGCCUUAUUUGGGGUUUUGGGAUUUUUUGGGGGGCAGAUCCGUUUCAUCCUCAUCCAGAACCGCGCUGGGAAGACCCGCCUGGCCAAGUGGUACAUGCAGUUCGACGACGACGAGAAGCAGAAGCUCAUCGAGGAGGUUCACGCCGUCGUCACCGUGCGGGAUGCCAAGCACACCAACUUCGUCGAGUUCCGGAAUUUUAAGAUCAUUUAUCGGCGUUACGCUGGGCUUUAUUUCUGCAUCUGCGUGGAUGUCACUGAUAACAACCUGGCUUAUCUGGAAGCCAUUCACAACUUUGUGGAGGUCCUCAAUGAGUAUUUCCACAAUGUGUGCGAGCUCGAUUUGGUCUUCAAUUUCUACAAGGUGAGGUUAAGGGGGGGGGGACUUUGGGGUCCUGUGGGGUUUUUGUAGGGGAGGGGGUUUGGGGUCGUCUGUUCUGCUGGAAUUUGGGGGAGUUUGGCAGGUUUUGGGGUCAUCCCAUCACCUUCAGGUCUUCGCGACGAUGCUUGAGAUCUUUGUGGUUGGCGUGAGGAGCUCCUGUCCCGCUUCCGUGCCAAAUUUUGAGGGAAAUGGAUGGGAUUUGGGGGAUUUUUAUGGGGUUUGGGGUCACCCCUCACAUUCUUUCCCAGAAUUUGGGGGAGUUUGGGGGGAUUUUGGGGUCAUCCCAUCACCUUCAGGUCUUCGUGACGAUGGCAGAGUGUUCCCAGUUGGCGUGGGGAGCUCCCGUCCUACUUCCAUGCAGA